AUGCCACAGAUUGAGCGGCGGAUUGAAAUGGCACAGCCAUCGGUCGCACAGAUCUCGAGCACAAGAGACUCGACAUCGAGCCUACAUUCAGCGGGAGCUGAGAGGGAGGCCUCCUUGGGCCGUCCGCCCUAUAGAGCUAUCAUCAACUUCCCAUUAGACGUUUCAGAUCGCGACGUCGCGGACCAAGGCAACGAUUCACUUGCACGUACUGCAUCCGGGGAUGCCUGGACAAAUAACCCUUCUCGGCCUCUUGAGGUGUCAUAUCGACUUGACGCCCAAUCUACAGAAGAAUCGGAUUCUCGCCUUGCUGGAAAUCAUCAGCGUCAGAGCCAGACACUGAGAUCAAGCGACUGUCAUCGUUCUCGUGAUUCAGUCCAUGCCAUGGUAGGAGGUUCCUUGGAUGAGGAUGGCAACAGGGAAGGAUUCUUCGGCAACUCAAGUGCCGGGAACUUCAUACAACAUGUGAAGAAAAUGGUUCAACAAAGGUCCGGGGGAUUCGUGGUACCGUCUAGGAAUCAUGGGCGAGCAAAAACACUGCCUUCCUGGCAUCAUUUUCCUAUACAACAAGACUCUCUGGACUAUAUUCUCCCUCCGCGCCGCAAAGCCGAGGCUCUCAUCUCCCUUUAUUGGAGACAUAUAUAUAUUCUCUACCCCUAUCUCGAUAAAGGGCAAAUCCAGGACGAAUAUGAGAGGCUCUGGCAGCUCGGUAGUUCCAUUCCCGACGAGAGAUCAUUUCUUUGUCUGCUUAAUGCAAUCUUCGCCAUUUCCAGCCAGAUCGACCAAUCAAUACCGAUUCAGGAUCGGCAACAGUCCGCCAACGCGUUUUACUCACGAUCAAGAGACCUACUUGACAUCGUCGAUAUUGGGUCGGUCCGCUCUGUCCAGUCAUUUCUUCUGCUUGGACAAUAUUUUCAGUCCACGUCGGAAUCCCACCCCUGCUGGAUCUUUACCGGUCUCGCCAUCCGUACCGCACAGAGCCUAGGACUGCAUCUUGCCGAGACCAGCGAACGCGCGAUUGACAUCAGAACCAGGGAGUUGUUACGCAAAGUGUGGCACGGCUGCGUCCUCAUGGAUAGGGUAGUUUCCAUGCAGUAUGGGCGGCCUUGUAUGAUUGGCGCCAAAGCGGCCCUGAAAGUGCCCCUACCUCUACCUGUCGAUGAAGAACAUCUCGGCGUUGGACGCCCUCGUGGCCGACAGACUUUUGUGGUAGAAUUCUACGUUCUUUCACUCAAGCUGUAUGAGAUUUUACACGAUGUCAUCUACAGCUACAAUUUCGAGGAUGUUAGGACAUAUUGCACCACCGAACGAGACAAAUCUUGCAGCUACCCAGAUCGAGGCCAGCAUUCGACAUUCGAGGUUGAGAUCGACCGGAGGCUUUCGAGAUGGAAGGCCAGCAUCCCAGAUCACUUACUGGCUGGGUCAAAAGACAAACGAGGAAUCACUGCCCCGGAAGCAGUUAUAUACCGUCAAGCUGUUGUUCUCCAGCAAAGACACCUCCAUGUGCGACUGAUGCUCUUUAGACCUGCCCUGUCGAACUUUAUAACCUCUGAAUUCGACAAUACAAACAAACCGGAUCUGCUCGACACCUUGCUCUCUCGCAAAAUAUACCUGCAAUGCGCCAUCAUAUGUGUCAAAGUCGCAUUUGAAUCCAUCGAUACACUCUACGAAGCGAGAAGUGGCCAUGUCGACGAAGUCGAUGGCUCAACAGUCCUCAUUGCUGCCCGGCUCAGUCCUGCCAUUCUCGCAGAUAUUUCAGAGCAUUCAGUCCUAGACAGCUGGCACAAAGCUAUCAACAUGCUGGAGGACUAUGGAAACUUCAGCGUGUCCAUAAAGCGCUUGACGACGACAUUGCGUCUGCUUUUCGAGGCCAUGCCGUUGCAGUACUCCCGCUUCAGGGAGAAUACUCGACAAGGGAAUAAUUCCUCCCUACCUCAAAAUCAAAAUGAAGCUGAACGUCAAGAUCCGAUACAAGGACAAGCUCCUAUGGCAUCUCCGCACGAGCGUACCACAAUUCCAGUAGAUUACCAUCCACCAGAGCUAAAUAUCGAUGUGGCGAGACUCCCUCACAUUGACAGUGAUAACCCAACUUUCGACCCAUACCCGGAUCUGGAGGUGGACUUUAAUCCAAAUGACCUGUCAUGGCUCAUGACUAUUCCAUUUGACGACUGA